AUGGCCUCUGGCAAUGUGUGUUUCACUGAGGAGUGUUUUCUCUCGUUGUGGUCAUUGCGCACCAGCUCACCUGUCUCUGCCUCAUGUAACCUGCUCGUCCGCACUCUUGCUUGCCCGCUCACCGAAGCCACAGGACUCCUGGGCUCAUGUGAUCACUGUAGUACUAACCUUUGCAUGUGUUUUAACUGUGCUUCCAUAUGUCUGUUGGCGCCGCAGCCGGACCAAAGCCAGCCCGAGAAGCUGCUCAAUGACCAAAAGCGGGGCGAGGCGCUGAGGCAGAUCCUGGUGAGCCGUUACUAUGGAAACUUCCGGGGCGGCGGCGGGCGGAGGGAGAGUCUGACGUCGUUUGCUAACGGGCCGGUGCUGGGAGCCGCGCACAAGGCUCCACAAGCCCUGGUUCCUGGGGGCCUGAGCCGGGGGCAGAUGAGCCUGGCUGAGGUGCAGUGUCACCUGGACAAAGAGGGGGCGUCGGACCUGGUGAUUGACCUCAUCAUGAACACCAGCAGCGACAGAGUGUUCCAGGAGAGUAUCCUGCUGGCCAUCGCUCUGCUGGAGGGAGGCAACACCACCAUACAGCGCUCGUUCUUUUGCCGUUUGACCGAAGAUAAAAAGUCUGAGAAGUUCUUCCGUGUUUUCUACGACCGGAUGAAAGUGGCCCAGCUGGAGAUUAAAGCCACGGUGUCUGUCAACACCAGCGACCUCGGCAACAGGAAACGAGAUGACGAAGGAGGAGACAAGGAGGCUCCCACGAGGAGGAAAGCUCGAGACUCCGCGGUGGUCAUGACGGAGGAUGUGAAGGAGCAGCUGCUGGAGGCCUCAUCCGCCACAAAGAAAGCCUUCAACUCGUAUAGGCGAGACGCAGACCCGGAGGAGCACUUCAGCUCGGCGGACGGUCACCCCAGCUCCGGAGACAAGAGCCAGGACGACGGCGAGAUGAGCUUCGUCAUAGUCAUCAUGCAGCCAAUCCUGCGCUUCCUGCAGCUGCUUUGCGAGAACCACAACAGAGACCUGCAGAACUUCCUCCGAUGUCAGAACAACAAGAACAACUACAACCUGGUGUGUGAGACGCUGCAGUUCCUGGACUGUAUCUGCGGCAGCACGACCGGAGGCCUGGGGCUGCUGGGACUCUACAUCAACGAGAAGAACGUGGCUCUGAUCAACCAGACGCUGGAGAGCCUCACUGAGUACUGCCAGGGCCCAUGUCACGAGAACCAGAACUGCAUCGCUACGCACGAGUCCAACGGCAUCGACAUCAUCAUCGCUCUGAUCCUCAACGACAUCAACCCUCUGGGCAAGAAACGCAUGGAUCUGGUGCUGGAGCUGAAGAACAACGCAUCCAAACUGUUGCUCGCCAUCAUGGAGAGUCGCCACGACAGUGAGAACGCAGAGAGGAUCCUGUAUAACAUGAGGCCGAAGGAGCUGGUGGAGGUGAUAAAGAAGGCCUACCUGCAGGGGGAGCUGGAGUUUGAGGAUGCGGCUCCAGACGAAGACAGCGGUGAUGAAGAAGAGCACGACGCCGCGUCCCCAAGAAAUGUGGGACACAACAUCUACAUCCUGGCUCAUCAGUUGGCGCGUCACAAUAAGGAGCUGUCCGUGAUGCUGAGGCCCGGAGCAGCCAGCAGCGACGGCGACGAGGCCUUGGAGUUCUACGCCAAUCACACGGCGCAGAUAGAGAUAGUGCGUCAGGACCGCACAAUGGAGGAGAUUGUGUUCCCGGUCCCAAACAUUUGUGAGUUCCUGACGUCGGAGUCCAAGCUGCGGGUUUACUACACCACGGAGCGUGACGAGCAGGGCAGCAAGAUCAACGACUUCUUCCUACGAGCCGAAGACAUGUACAACGAGAUGAACUGGCAGAAGAAGCUCCGAGCCCAGCAGGUGUUGUACUGGUGCUCGAGGAACAUGUCUGUGUGGAGCACGGUGUCCUUUAACCUGGCUGUGCUCAUGAACCUGCUGGUGUGUCUCUUCUACCCACUGGAGAGCGUACACGGAGGUAGGACCACUCACUCUGGACCUCAGCCGUUACAGUAG